CAUACCUUCCUUGCUUCAGUUUGCACCAAACAAAUCAAGAUUCAAGAAAUUCCAAUACAUAGAGUCUCGUAAAAUUCAAAUUCUUUAUUUCUUUCUGAAACGACAAAGUCAGAUUCUCAUUCACUGUGAUUUGCCAGAUUGUAACUGCGCAAGAUAGCUCUUUCUUCUCCCCUUUUCUCUCUCUCUCUCUCCCAAAAAAAAAAAUGGUGUGGGAGAGAGGAAAGAAUCAGCCGCCGCUUCCAUCACAUGUCCAAGAAAGGGCCGGUGAUUCUGCUGAUUCGGGCCAUGCACGCCUACAUGAGCUCGGCUACAAACAAGAACUCAAGCGCGACCUCUCAGUGUUGUCGAACUUCGCCUUCUCGUUUUCGAUCAUAUCGGUGCUCACCGGAGUGACUACCCUGUACAACACCGGGCUGACCUACGGUGGGCCCGUUUCCUUGGUCUACGGAUGGCUGAUCGCCGGUUUCUUCACUUUGAUCGUCGGAUAUUCAAUGGCUGAGAUUUGCUCUUCUUACCCCACUUCUGGCGGGCUUUACUAUUGGAGCGCAAAGCUCGCCGGCCCGAGUUGGGCUCCCUUUGCCUCCUGGAUUACCGGAUGGUUUAACAUUGUUGGUCAGUGGGCCGUUACAACAAGUAUAGAUUUUUCGCUAGCACAGCUGAUACAGGUGAUGAUUCUCCUCGGCACAGGUGGGAAGAACGGAGGAGGAUAUGAGGCUUCUAAGUACGUUGUUAUAGCUAUCCACGGUGGGAUUCUGCUCUUGCACGCCGCCCUCAACAGUCUCACCAUCUCGUGGCUGUCCUUCUUCGGACAGAUUGCUGCAGCUUGGAAUGUUUUAGGUGUCUUUGUUCUGAUGAUCCUCAUCCCGUUGGUGGCAACGGAGACAGCCACCGCCAAGUUUGUAUUCACCGACUUCAAUACAGACAACGGGAAAGGAAUCAACAAUAAAUUGUACAUAUUCGUGCUAGGGCUGCUCAUGAGUCAGUAUACCUUAACCGGCUACGAUGCAUCUGCUCAUAUGACAGAGGAGACGAAGGAUGCAGACAAGAACGGCCCGAAGGGGAUCAUAAGUGCAAUCGGGAUAUCCAUAAUUGUCGGGUGGGGCUACAUACUAGGCAUCACGUUCGCAGUGACAAACAUCCCGAGCCUUCUGAAUCCAGACAACGACGCUGGUGGCUACGCCAUUGCUGAGAUAUUCUACCAGUCUUUCAAGAACAGAUACGGCAGUGGUGCUGGUGGGAUCAUCUGCCUCGGUGUGGUCUCCGUUGCCAUAUUCUUCUGCGGCAUGAGCUCAAUCACGAGCAACUCGAGGAUGGUGUAUGCCUUCUCCAGAGACGGCGCCAUGCCAUUCUCCGAGUUCUGGCAUAAGGUCAACGAGCACGAGGUCCCCCUCAACGCGGUCUGGCUCUCAGCGGUCAUAGCCUUCUGCAUGGCUCUAACGUCGCUAGGGAGCUUAGUGGCGUUUCAAGCGAUGGUGUCCAUAGCUACCAUCGGGCUCUACAUCGCGUAUGCUCUGCCGAUCUUCUUCAGAGUGACUCUGGCUCGGAAGUCUUUCAGGCCGGGGCCGUUCACCUUGGGGAGGUACGGGGUGGUGGUUGGGUGGACGGCGGUGCUCUGGGUGGCAACGAUCUCCGUGCUCUUCUCGUUGCCGGUGGAGUAUCCGAUCACCAAGGAGACUCUCAACUACACUCCGGUGGCGGUUGGAGGGCUGCUGAUUCUCACGGUGAGUUCUUGGAUGGUAAGCGCUAGGCACUGGUUUAAAGGUCCGGUUACAAACAUAGGCAGCAGCUGAAGUGGUGUGUGGUAUUCUUUUAUGAUGAAAAUUGAAAUGUAUAUUGAUGGAGAGGCAAUCAUGCCUUUGCAUUUAGUAUGUUGGUGUAGUAGUGUAGCCAUGUUUAUUCCACUCUUUGAAUUCAAUCAUCUAUAUUUUUGGAUUUACUAAUUUUUCUGUAC